AUGAAUUUCACCGACACUGACGUUAUUCGGAUUAUUUUAGACGCUGACCCACUGGCUGAUAUACCUCUCGUCAAUAAAUUUCCAAACACAUCCAUGUUCAAUGCCAUCGGAACUAUAGAUGGCCCUCUUGGUAAUUUUACGACGGAAUCAUAUCAACUAACGUCCUUGGUUACCGAUGGUUCAAAUGGUGCUUUUGACAUGUUGGUCAAUCAACUCAACGAUACCAUUGAGCAAGCGGUCGACUGGGAUUACAUCUCGAGAGGCCGUUACUCGUGGGAUUCAUUAAAAUAUCGUGACUUGUGCGAAGAGUUAUAUGGAUCUUGGGAGGGUCCAGACUGUCGCCCCUUCUUUGUGCCUGACGUAUUUUUCUUUUCCUGCAUUCUCUUCAUCUUCACAUUCGUGAUCGCCUGCAAGUUAAAGGCGCUUAAAACUUCGCGAUACCUCAACAACAGGGUAUGUUUCAAGAUUUCCUACUUUGUUUUUUGUCUCUUGGUCUCCUUUUGUCUAUGA